AUGAAUGUUACCAACAACACAAAUGCAAAAACAAAGAAUGUAUUAGACAAUUUUAACUACUGCAAGGACUUUGUAAAAGUUGAGACCGAGGCAUUUAUUGUUGCUGCAUUCAUGGCCCAUUUCAAGAUGGAAUCAUAUGAAGGUAGCAUUAACAUCCCUACAUCUGUACUGAAUGGAACGAAGGAAGAUAGAGCUAUGUGGCUACACCAACAUGUGAAAGAAAUAUUCUGUCAAGGAAGGGAUGGGGAGAGAAUCAUAAGAUGUUGGAAGUUUUUGUUAUUAAUUUUCAAGUGUUAUAACCACAACAAGUAUGCCUUAGCCACUCUACAGCUAUUAGCAAACAUCAAUACUAUGUUGACACCAAGGAAAGCUCACUCCUUGAUCUGGAACAGGACAGUCAACAACAAGGGGGGGAAGGGAAAUAACAUUUCUCUGGAUUUAAGAAUGGAACAUAUUGUUCACUUACACAAGGAGAUGCUUGCCAACCUUGGUGUAAACCUCACUCCAGAGUGUGCUCUUCGAUGUAGCAAGGCAGUAAAACCUGUGGAAGACCUUCUGAGGACUGUGGAUAAUGAGCUGUUAUGCAGGAGACCAUCUGGUAAACAUACAGUCACUCGCUCACAAUCAGAUUUUGAACUUAUCGUUAAUGAACUCCACAAUAAAGGCAAGGUAUUUCAAUGCACACCAGCUGACAACAGGCAGUAUGGAUGCUUCCCAAAGUUCAAGAAAACACUGGUCAAUGACCUCAACUACAACAAACUUAACAAUUGGAUAAACCAUACACAAGAAACAUUGGUCAAACAAUGGAAAAUAGAUCUGUGGAGGAAAUCGUCAAUUUACUUUACUAAAUUCAGUAAUAACCAGCAYAAAAGUAUCAAUAUGUUUUGACUUCAGGCAGAAAUGGGUUUUUAUUUUUAAGUCAACAAUAAUUUGUGGCAUAGUAAUUUAUGUGACAGAGUCAAAAGACACUAUUUUGGACAGUAAUUAUUUAGUCAUAAAUCUAUAUUUUUAAUUAGGAAUGCCUCGUGUACACAUAGGAAUGUAAUUCUUUAGUUAACUGUUUGCGUGGAAAAUGCGUAAGCAAGAAAUAAUUUCCGUACGUAAUUACAUUACAGUGAGUCAUGCCUAGGUUUGGCGCUUGUUUACGUAAGUUCGUGUUUGGGACAUCCUGUUUGCGCCUAGGGCGUGCAACAUUGCAUAGGAUGUGUAAGGUCUUAAGAAUGCAGGUUUUUCCAUAAAAAUAGGCCCAAACUAAGCUUAAAUCAGUGUAGUAAAAGUUCUUGAAGACGUUGCACAUAUCAAGACAAGGAAUUCUCUACGAUGUAAAGAGAUAUCCUGUAAUCUCGUUYCCGUUUUUUUUCAUGUAUUGUAAAGUUGUGUGAAUUUUUCAAUAAAUUCUUUUGUCAAAACCACUUGCAAUCUGAUUCAUAGCUGAGCGCCUUGCCGCCGGUUACAUUUAG